AUGGCGCCAGUUUUGCGGCCCAGGCAGAGCCUCUCCAAGGAGCGCUUCCCUACCUACUUUGGCAGUUUGCGCAGCCAGCCGUACUCGGAUCCCAACUCAUCUCGAGCGCCCGGGGCCAACAAUAAUCUAAGAUGCAUCGCUUGGAACCCGCUAGGGACGCUGAUUGCUACGGGAUCGAGCAACAAGACGCUGCGAGUCUGGAAUCCGGAAAAGGCGCACGUCAAGUUCUCGACGGAGCUCAAGGGCCACGCGGCGCCGAUUGAAAAAGUCGCCUUUAACCCGACAAAGGAUGCGGAAUUGUGCAGCGUCAGCAACGACGGCGUCGUCAAGUUUUGGGACGUUCGAACCAAGGCCUGCUUCAACGAGGUUUCCGGGCUCGGCGACGCCUUUACAUUAGCGUGGGCACCAGACGGCCAGACGCUCAUUGUCGGCAACAAGGCCGACCUCAUAUACGUCCUCUCGCCCACAUCCACGACGCCUCUCUCGUCGCACCAGCAGGCCGUCCAGACGAACCAGGUCGCGUUUUGCUGGAGCGGUACCAAGAUCUUUGUCACGACGGGCGACGGGUGCACGCGCAUCCUCGGAUACCCGUCCUUUACGCCGCUGCUGGAGCGCGCGGCAGUCGAGGGCGCCGACGGCGACGGGGAGACGAGGCCGAGGUCGCGCGAGUUUGCGCUCAACGGGCACACGUCGUCGUGCCUGACGGCCGAGAUGCAGCCUACAGCGCGGUACCUCGCGACUGGCGGCUCCGAUUCCGUCGUUGCGCUAUGGGACACGACGGACUGGAUAUGCACGCGCACGCUGACGAGGAUGACCGGGCCAAGUGACUUGGCAGGUUUCACGUUUGACGGAAGUUACGUUGUCGGUGGCAGUGAUGAGGGCAGCGGAUUGGACGUUUGCCAUGUUGAGACGGGCGAGCUGGUGCAUACAUUCAAAACGGCGGGUUCCAGCCCCGUGGUGGCGUUGAAGCGAAUGAAGAAGAAGAAGAAGAAGAAAAAGAAAAAUAGUAGCCAAAUGCCCCCGCCAAGUGAUGAUGUAAAAGAAAGAGAAAAAUAA